AUGCUGGACCUUAUUCGACGAGGACUCCAGAAACUCGAGAAGGAGAACCACGAGUUAAAGCGGACCUUAGAACUUCAGAAACAUGAAUUUGAGGCCAAGUUGGCAGAAAUAAAGGCAUCUUAUCAGGACCAAUAUAAGCAGAAAGUGCGUGAAUUGAAGCGUGAAAAUGAGCAAUUGAGACGUGAAAAUAAUGAAUUGAGACAUGAAAGGGAGAUAGGACACGAGUCUGCCGCUGACUUGCAGGAUCUAGACAAAGUUUCACAAAAAAAGCGUCUUCUAGAAGAGACUGAUGAAAGUGAGAAGCGAAUAAAAACUGAACCCGAAUUGAAAAUCGACAAAAUUGACAAAAUCGACAAAAUCGACCACAAUUCAAAUGAAAGCUCAUCUCCUGUCAAGCAAAACGGUCCCAGAAGGUCCCCCACCAAAAUCCUCAUGUAUCAAGGUAAACCAUUCAACGUUCAGGAAUAUACUGACUCGGAAUUCAACAUGCUUCCGACCCAGUAUUCUCUGCAAGUUUCCACGAACUCGCCUGAACGACCGUGCUACGUGAAGCUCCCAUCUUCGCCAAUAAAGGAGGUGGUAGAAGAUUCUCAGGAUACUGGAAUACUUCAGGUUGCAAAACCUAAAGUCACUUCCCAACGACAAUUGCGAGACACAACAGCCCAGACCAUCAAUAUACCCCGUAAUUCAACGAAGCUUCAAAGACGGGACUUCUUACGCAAGUAUUUUCAAUCCCAACUUGAGGAUCCAUCCUUUCAUCUUCAUCUCUCCACCAAUCCUAUAACAGAGAACCCUUGGUGCUUGACGGACUUUAAGCCCAAUCCCAACUUUGGCAUGAAACCACCGGGCCGCAAAACUGGUGUUUCUCGAACAGAACAGAAUAAAAUUAACGAUUUUUAUAGAAAGGCAGGAGAACAGGUACAAGAAAUACCCGAAUCACAGCUAUAUGACAAAUUUCCCUCACCUCCUGGAUUCAUGACUAGUGAGUUUCCGCUGACACAAGAAGCUGCAGCGCGGCGAAAAGUUAUCAUAGACCGGCAAAACGACCGGUUGCGGCGAAGACUCAUACUGAGUAUUCACGGCGAUGAGUUUAUUUUCUACGAAGAGAUUUUGAAUAAGUUUAUUGAGGCGGGUCGAUACAUUUGUGAUGCAGAAUGUAAUGAUGUAUGA